AUAAUAUUUUAUGAGUUAUUCAAAACAUAAGUCUGGUGAGGAUGUUUCUGGAGUACAACGAGUGGUUUUGAUUUAAAAAAAUGAUUUUUGUUCUUUGUUCAUUUUUGGGUUGUUGUUGUUUUUUUUACAUUUUAAACAUAUCCAUGUACAACAAGCCAUACUCAGAGACAGGCUGCAGUCAUGCUGAAGAUAAUCCCUCCCCAAAGGCAAACACCAGAGCCCCUGACUCAUAGUUCUGUGAGAGAGCAAAGCAUACUGUUGACAUCAGGAGGCCAGUGAUGUCAUGCUGAUGUCAGUGCCUCUAAUUGUAAAUUGCACACAUAGACUGGCUGUUGGCUGUGGCAACAUUUCAGUCAGAGGAGACUUUGGAGGAGACACUGCCUCUUGGAAAACCUUGGAGUAAACACACAUACACACAGAGAAUGGCUGUAACUGGGGAUGAGACAGAAACAGGUCCUGCAGGUGACUUCACUGCCUGCCAGCUGCAUAAGCCCAGCUCCAGCCUCCCACAGGGAGUGGCCGCUGCCAACGCUCACAGCUCCAAGAAGCCCACAGAGGAUACUGUACAGAAGAGAGAGCUUCGCCUGAUGAAGAACAGGGAAGCUGCUCGUGAGUGUCGACGAAAGAAGAAGGAAUACGUCAAAUGCCUUGAAAACCGCGUGGCCGUGCUUGAAAAUCAAAACAAGACUCUCAUUGAGGAGCUCCGAGCCUUGAAGGAUAUCUACCGACACAAGAUGGAGUAGAACACCUUGAAGUUGAGGAGGAAGCACACUUGUUUAGAAACUGUGUCGUCUUCUUCUGUGGGGUCUGUCUUGAGGACUCAUGCACACACGCUCACAUGAACACACACUGAAACAAAACGCUCUCUGUCUCUAAUGUUAAAUGUGUUUUCAUGGUGAUGUCGAUGCGUCUGGCUCCCAGUUGUCCAUGUGCUACAACCAGCAACAACAAAGACCUUGUUUCAGGUCAGGGAUACCGAACAGUGAGCUUGAUUUCCACAGCACAGACAAUUUGUGGGAGCAAGCUAAAGACAAAAGAACCUGAAGACUCGUAAUCGCCCAGCAUUGACCUGCCAUUUUACAUUCCUUUAUAACUAUUUUCAACUAAGAAAAUAACGAAAACCUCAUUGUAAACCUUGAACAAAUUGGAAUUGAAAAAAAAAACAGACAGUAUGCAACCCAAUAAAUGUAUCUUUCCUUUUUAUUUAUUAUAAGCCUCAGAAUCCAUUGAGCAUCCAUGUAUGGGCUUUUCUGCUUUUGUCACGUAGUAUUGAUAUUUAUUUGGGCUCACGUUCACCUUGAAUUUCUUGUCCGACUUUCUUCAGUGUUUGCACUAAAAAUGAAAGAUCUGUAUAUUUAAGUCAGCAAAUAUAUUUUGUGAAAAUGAAUAUGACUGUGUUUGCUCGGUGCCGGAUUUAUUACAAUCAGAAUUGAGAAAUGCGUUAAUAUCAUGUUCUGCUUAUUGAUGCGUGUUUCGUGUGGAAACCAUGCUUUAACUCAUUCCUCGUCUCUUUGUUUACUUAAUCAAUGAUCUAUAUUUGAAAGCGAUAGGUUCAAAAUGCAUUUGCCUGAAUAAAAUUCUCUCUUUUGUCUGA